CCCAGCCCGGCCCCAGCAGCGGAGCCUGACCCCGCAUCCAGCCACCCACCGCCGGCCGCUCCCGAUAACCCCAAACGCGAGGCUACAAAGCCGGUCGGGCGGCCGCGGGCCCCCAGCUCGGCCCUUAACCGAAGGCAAGAGAAGGGUCCGGCAAAAGGCAGAACGUGCCUGGCCCCAGGGCAGCGACAGCCCAGGCCGAAGGAUGCCUGGGGCAUCGGGCGAGGGGUCCCUGAGUCACCAGCUGCCCUGCCCCAGAGGUGGCUGCAUCUCAGCGCCAGACGGCCGGUAUCUCCUGCACCGCCAACUUCCUCUCCUGACUCUCCCUGCGGCUCCUCAGACCAAUCUCCAGCUCCGCUCCUAAAGCCAGGGGCAUGAAGUUGGAGCCGGGGAUCAGCAGCGACCCGCAGCUGCAGUUCGUGGUGGCGACAGAGAAGGAGUUUGAGGAGAUCCUGGCCAUGUCGAAGGGCAUCUACGGGGGCCUGGAUUAUCUCCCCAGCCGCUACCACGCCUGGAUCCGCGAGCCCAACCGCACUGUGGUGCUGGCCAAGAAGAACGGAGAAGUGAUCGGGCUGCAGUCGGUCUGCGUGGUGGACGCUGGAGAGACGGUGCUGGUUGAGGGGCUGCGCGUGGCGCCCUGGGAGCGGGGGAAAGGUGUGGCCGGCGUCCUGCAGCGGUUCUGCACUGAGCUGGUCAAGGAGCAGCACCCCGGCGUCAAGGUGGUGCGGCUGACGCGGGACGACAAGCUGGGCCCCAAGGACUUCAAGAAAUACCGGCUGAUCACCAAGCAGGGCAUCCUGCUGGUGCGGUUCAACGCGGCGGAGCUGCUGGCCCGGCUGGACGCGGCUGUGGCCCAGCUGUGGGCGGGCGGCUUCCAGCCGCUGCCCACGGAGGCGCUGGAGCCAGGCGAGGUGCGGGGCCUGGUGCUGAGUCCCGCCUUCCAGAGCGAGGUCCUGCCCAGCCGCACCCUCAUCCAGGACUGGCAGCCCUACAAGCCCAGCGAGUCCAACCUGGCCCUGCUGCAACAGAAGCAGCUGCACUGGGUGGUGGAUUGCAAGGCCCGGCCCACGGCCGCCUCCCUCUGCACCCAGCCCUUCCCCAUCCCACUGGGCGAGGACUGGGUCUACCUCAACAUCGACGCCUUCGGCCGCCACCCCGCCCACCUCAAGAGCCAGCUGCUGCACCACCUGCGGGCCCGCCUGCCCACCCUGCGGGGCAACGUCAUGUGCCAGCUCUUCCUGGAGCCCAGCCUCUGGGGGGAGCUGGCCGAGUUCUGCCGGGCCGGCCUGCGGCUGGAGCUGGCCAAGGGCUACACCGAGCAGUACCUGCUGGAGGCAGAUAUCUAGGGAGCUGGGGGGGGGGGCAGGGGAUACUCCCCCCCUCUCCCCCACACUUCCUGGCCCCACAGAAGCACUUUCUGAGCCUUGUUUCCCAUCCUCCACCAACCCAUUCCUGGCCCCCUAGAGGAACUCCCCUAGGAGACAUGACCCUCCCUUCCCACCCGCUUGGCAAGCCCUAGCGACGGUCGAUGGAGCUGAGCAACGGUCGGCAUGGUGAUGGAACCUAGUGAUGGUUGGUCCCACGACAGAGCCCAGUGAUGGUUGGCAUGGCGAUGGACCCCACUGAUGGUUGGCACAGCAACGGAGCCCACUGAUGGUUGAUGGAACCUAGCAACAGUUAACAUGAGAACAGCGCCCUGCAAUGGUUGACAGACCCUCCCACAGGCUGCUGGAUCCCUGCGACGGUCGCCAUGCCAACGGAGCCCUAGCAAUGGCUGAUGGAAACCUGUGUGCAGGGCUCAGCUCUCCCCUCCCCCCAAAAAACCCGCCUGGAAGCCAGGCCUAGAGCGCCCUCCCCCGCCCCUCUAGUGAUGCCUCUAAACCGAGUAACGUGCAAUAUAGAGUCUCAUAAACGGAGAUAUAUUUAUAAAAUCGCCUGCAACAAGAAUCCUCCCCCCCAUCGCGCCACUAGAGCUGCCCCCCCACCAGUGCUAGAGCCCAUCCUGCCCCCCAGCACUACACACUAAACCCCCCCCCACCCCCCCCCGGGAGGUCAGGAGCAGGAAUCCUGCAUCCCUCCCUUGGGGCAGUAACUUGUGGGGUGCCCCCUCACCCCCGCUUUGGUUUUGUUGUCCCAGGCCGGGCCGAGCCCACCGUAUUAUUAAUGCUAGUCUCUGAUCCAGGUUAGAUCAGUGAGCCCCCCGCCCCAACUCCGGGGCUGGCACAGAAUGGGGGGGGGGCUGGGGGCCCUGGUUUCUUUCUGUAACUAAACUCCCCCCCCCGGUUAUCCCCCAAGCUGUGAUUCCCUCUCCCCAUCCCAUGUGGCAAUAAACCCCUCUUCCCUCA